GGCUGAAUGAUACAAUCCUUCUGACUGGGGCAAAUACACACACACAGAGGGUCAGAGACACAGAGGGUCAGAGACACAGAUAACAAGACGGACAGACAGACAGAGGACAGCCAUGAUCCUGACGGCUCACGCGUUGUGUCUUCCUUCUCCGGCCACCGUCCAGGAGCUGUUCUCAGUGGCUCGAGACGCCAGCAUCAUCCCUGAUAUCUCCUUGGAUCCCGUCCUCACCACCUUCCUCUCGCUGGACUCCUCGGCCGCUCUGCAGCAUCAACACACCUUCUUACAGCGGAGCAUGAGCGGGGAGCUGCAGACCGCAUUUGGCCUCAACUUGACCGGAGAGCUGGGAGGCAACAGCAGGGUCACCAGUGGCGGAGUCGGGGUCGUUGCUCUGGCUCUGUCCGUGCUUUUUGACCAGGUUGCCCAACAGGUCCGAGCACAAGGAUCCCCAGAGGGGAACCCAUCAGCUCAGAGGUCCCAGCCUAAGAGGAUUUUUGGCAUCAGCAGUUCUUCAAGAAUCGGCUGGAUCAUCCACAGCUACCUGCGCCUGAUCCCCGGCAUCGCCAACAACCAGGAGCAGAUGGCCGAGACCACGGAGCGCCACGACAACUGGCUGAUGCUUGAGCUGAUUGACCACUAUGAGAGGAUGACCACGAGGAAGAGGAUGAGUUCGGUGUCCAUGCAGCAGUGGUUGGCAGGAGCUGCGUUUCAUCUACACAUGAGGAUUCACCAGGUUCGUCUGCACUCUGUGCCUCCAGGAUCUGCCGAGUCGCUGCGUUUGUCUUAUAAGACGGCGUUGAGUCGCCUGGUUCAGGGCUACACAGCCUAUCUGCACAGGAAUAUCCAGGAGACUCCAGCAACCGGAACACCCAGAACCGGGACAGCAGGUGGACCAGGGCAAACUAACACAUUAGGCAGAGCCAAUAUGACCCUCUCAAGUAAUCACACUCUUAAUGACAGCCUGGUUAGUACCUCGACUGAUACGUUUAAUGAGACGACCACACACAAUUCAACUGCUGACAUUAGGAGAGGCUGUAAAACAGACGGAUCCACUGAAGACUUUGGACUCGAUGUGUCCAACAGAAGAAAUGAAACCACCAAAGUUGUGGUGAACAGAAAGACUCUCGAUAAUACGACUGGACAUGAGGACGUUCAGGGUCUGUUAGUUAUUGAGCCAGGGAGGAAUGUGAGUCACAAGGUGCUGCAUCACCCCUGUGAGUCUCCGGCCAUACAACAAGCUUUGGUGACUCGUAUCAUUAACGCUCAGGACCUGGAGCGGAACAGAUACUUUUUCCUGUACCCUGAGAAAUUCUUCCAGGGCCUCCUCAGGCAGAAGGACGACUUUGAGCUGAAGACAAAUUAA